CGGGUAGGGCUCCCUCGCGCGGAGGGCGUGGCCGGGCGGGCGGAUGGCGGCGCCGCGCGCGGUGGUGCUGCUGAGCGGGAAGAGGAAGUCGGGGAAGGACUUCGUGGCCGAGGAGCUCCGGAGCCGGCUGGGCCCUGACGUGUGCACCGUCCUGCGCCUCUCUGGGCCCCUCAAGGAGCAAUAUGCCAAGGAGCACGGCCUGGACUUCCAGCGGCUCCUGGAUGCCAGUGCCUACAAGGAGAUGUACCGGCAGGACAUGAUCCGCUGGGGUGAGGAGAAGCGCCGUGCCGACCCUGGCUUCUUCUGCAGGACAGCGGUGGAGGGGGCAGCACAGCCGGUGUGGGUGGUGAGCGACACGCGCCGCCUCUCGGAUGUGGAGUGGUUCCGGGAUGUCUAUGGUGAUGUGGUGCAGACCGUGCGGGUGGUGGCCACUGAGGAGACGAGGAAGAGGAGGAACUGGGUCUUCGUCACUGGGGUGGAUGACGCCGAGUCUGAGUGCGGUCUGGACCAGGGAGUGGCCUUCGACUGGGUGAUCACCAACGACGGGGACGAGCGGUCCCUGGACGAGCAGCUGGAGAUGCUGCUGCGGUCGCUCCGCGGUCGGCUGUAGCUCGGUGACCCUCUGCCAGAGUUUGGGGACAGUGUCCCCUGCCCAGCCUCAUGGCAUCCCCCCUUCUGCCUCGUGCAGGCCCUCCUUGCCCUGCAAAUAAAGCUCCGACAUGGAGAACCGCU